GUGAGGGCGAGGUUGAAGUUCAUUUUCCCCGCACUAUCCAUUGGGAUCUUUCUGGCUGCCGCGGAUCAAACCAUAAUCGUGUCCAGUUAUGGUCGCAUUGGAAGUGACUUGAACGCCCUCAAUAAGACAACAUGGCUGGCGACUGCAUACUUCUGCACCACAACAGCACUACAACCGCUAUAUGGCCAAUUGAGCAAUGUGUUUGGUCGCAAGGCUUGUCUGCUCUUUGCUUACUUUGUCUUUGGCGCGGGCGCACUGUUCUGCGGACUGGCGCCGGAUAUGACCCAACUCAUCAUUGCGAGGGCGUUGACUGGGAUAGGUGCCGGUGGAAUCCUCACUACCGUCUCCAUUCUCUUGAGUGACGUGGUCACUCUAGAAGAGCGGGGACUGUGGCAAGGCUAUGUGAACAUGGUCUUCGCCUGCGGAGCUGGUCUAGGAGCACCUUUGGGGGGUCUUUUGUCAGAUGCUGUCGGUUGGCGGUGGGCUUUCAUCGGUCAAGCACCAUUGUGUGGAAUCGCAGUUCUCCUUGUGGCGGUCCUCCUCCACGUACCGACCCAUCAGCAACACGAGGACGACACUUCGUCCAAACUUGCCCGAAUCGACUUCCUGGGCGCUAUCAGCCUCAUCAUCUGGCUCGCAUCACUGUUGGUGUUCCUCGAUCACAUGUCUGCCGGCAUAUAUCACUGGCCUUCCUUCAUCUGGUUAGGCGUCGCUAUCACCUUCUUAGUCGUCUUCCUACGCGUGGAAGCAAUAGUUACCAACCCUUUGAUGCCACUACAUCUGCUCUUCGGGCAAGUCUUCCUAGGAGCUUAUCUCGCGCUCUUCUUCGGCAAUGUCGCCUGGUACGGCGUCCUGUUCUACGUACCACUGUUGUAUCAGGCGGUGGGUGGUUUUUCCGCUUCUGCGGCUGGCACGUUGCUGCUCCCAGGAAUCGUAGCAGGCGUGAUUGGUGGUCUAGCUUGCGGUACGAUGAUUAAGCGUAACAAAGGCACGGGAUUCGCCAAAGCAGCUGGCAUUUCGUAUCCACUUGUCAUAGCUUCAUGCCUUGGCAUUGCGCUGGGGUCAGGACUGUUUGGGGCCUCUAUUCCCUUGGCUACAAUCAUUGCAAUCCUGAGCGUGUGUCUUAUUGUUGGGGGCUUAGGGAAUGGCGGAGGUAUGACAUCUACACUUGUCGUGGUGGUUGCAGUAGCGAGGCCUGAAGAUCAGGCUAUUGUCACUGCAUGUGUGUACUUCUACCGCCAGCUGGGAACGACUGUCGGACUCGCCGUCAUAUCUCUCGUGUUUCGCCAAGUCUUGGCAUGGAGGCUCUUGAAGCGGCUUGCAGGCGCGCCUGACUUUGAGCUUGACACCGAAGAGACUGUCAAACGCGUGAUCGAGUCACUAAAGUACUUAGGUAAGCUUCCAGCAGAGAUACGAGCCAUUGUGGAGAUUUCGUAUGGAGAAGCGUGCAAAGCUGCCUUGCUUGUCUGUAUGGGGUUGGCUAUUUGCGCCUUCAUCAAUGUCCCUUUCAUCAGGGAGAAACGG